UGCAUAAAAGGAAAAGCUGAUUUAUCAGUAAGGACGUUGAAGGAAGAGAAACACACACACGAUGGACAGAACACACACUGACAGAGAGCUCAGAGGGACAGACGCAGAGUAAUAGGGAACCAUGGCUAGCGUGCUCACAAUAGAUGCCAUCUUGUUUGGCAUUCUGGUCUUCUCUGGAGUUCUGGGAAAUAUCCUGGUCAUCUUCACGGUGGUACUGUGUUCCAUGGAGAGUUCAUCUCAUCACAUGCCUCCAUCUGACAUGAUCCUGCUCAACCUGUCGCUAGCUAACCUGCUGAUCUCGCUGUUCCGCACCGUGCCCAUCUUCAUCUCGGACCUGGGCCUGGAAGUGUAUCUGGAGAAGAACUGGUGCAAAGUGUUCAUGCUGCUGUGGGUGUGGUGGCGCUCCGUAGGCUGCUGGACCACGCUGGGCCUCAGCAUCUUUCACUACACCACAUUAAGUCGGAAGCAUGUGGCUAUGGGUCCAAUGGCAUAUCAGAAAGACCGCAGACGUGUUGUUCUGGCACUGGGACUCGUCUGGGGAGGAAACCUGGUGUUUUCUCUGCCUGCUGCCAUCUACAGCAAACAAGUGAGUGGAAACAGUACCUCCGAGAUCAUGGUGAUCAACUGCAACACUCGCCCGCUGCUUGGCUGCAUGUGGGAAUUCCCCUCCAAACAGGAGGGAACAGCCUUCGUCUCCACCUCACUCGCCCUUAACGAGGUGUUGCCUAUGCUGCUGAUGGUGAGCACUAACCUGGCGACUCUCCGUGUGCUGGCAAAACACAUCCGUAUAGUGACGGCAGGCGUGGAAAGCGGAGCGUCGCACGUGCAAAUGGAGCGGAAAGCAGGUCAUGUGAUCAUGACGCUGGUGAUUCUGUUCAUUGUGAGUUGGGUGUUGCAGGUGGCUGCUGUGACGUAUUACAACUAUGACCGUGGUGUGUACGCUGAGGGCCUGCUGACCAUCUCACAGUUCUCCGCCUCCGUCUUUGUGGGUUUCAGCCCCAUGGUCGUGGCGCUCGGCCACGGAAAACUGCGCAGGAGAAUCAGGGUCAUGGUGCAGGAGCUGUACGUCUGGGUGGGCUGCAGAACCACUGCGAGCGAGGACAAUAAGAAGAAGAAAGUGCUGGAGAGCACCACCAUCUCGUACAAACAAGACACGCAUACAAAGAAAGUGACCAUGUGACUUCAUCAGUGAGGAACUCAACAUUACCUCUACUAUCAUGUACUAUACGGUCAUGUGUGUACACGGCUGGUGUCAGGUUAUUCAUCCCUCAGGUUAUUCAUCCACUUAUCAGCACUAAAUUAUAACGACAUUAAUCAUCAAUAAAUUAUAUUAUUACUCUAAAGUGAAGAUACAGAAUGAAUCCGAAGUAGAAUAAAUAGCAGAUCAUUUCUGUGUGUAAAAGUGCCUGCACAGCGCCCCUUGUGGUCAACAGUGCACAAGCACUACUGGUUACCUGAACACAGGCUGCGUCACGCCGUCGCUUUAAGCCCUUUGUACAGCUCUACCACGUGACUGAUGCCCUAAUUAUUACUAUCAUUAUCGACGCCCUCCGACAUUUUACACAGGGAUUAAAUGCAUCACAAGAACUUGACAGGUU